AAUAUCAGACAGUUGUUGCAUUUUAAAGAAGUGUGAAUUGGUCAUCAACUUCUUUUUUGAACUUGAGACUUUAUUGUCAUGUUUGAUAUACUUUUUGGGUGGAGAAAAGCUACUAAAUGUAAGAAUUUGAUUAAACGGGUUAAGUGCCGGCUUAAGCUGCUGAAAAACAAGAGAAGUUGCAUUAUCAGACAGUUGAGGGAUGACUUAGGGGAGCUACUUAGACAUGGGCAUUACCAAAUUGUCUUUGACAGGGUAGAGCAGCUUUUUAUGGAUGAGAAUAUGUUGGUAGUGUAUGACUUAUUGGAGAAUUUCUGUGAAUUUAUCCUCCUUAACUUUCCAUAUAUCCGCAGACACAAGGACUGUUCCAACGACAUCAAAGAAGCAGUGUCAAGUCUCAUAUAUGCAUCCGCUAGAAUUGGCGAUUUACCAGAGUUUUUAGUGAUCAGGAAGCUCUUUGGCCAGCGUUAUGGGAAGAAAUUUGAAACAUCUGCCCUUGAAUUACUUCCUGGGAAUCUUGUGAAUCAUCAGCUAAAAGAGAACCUGUGCAGAAAGUCUGUCUCAAAUGAAGUGAAAUACAGAUUGGUGGAUGAAAUAGCAAGGAGUUGCUUUCAGAAAGGACCUUUGCUUCUUGAAUACAUAAAUGAAUCACAACAAGAGCUGGCAAAUAAAACUAUAGAUGAUGUUCAGACUGGUCACAAGAAAGAUGGAGAAACGAGAUUGAAGAACUCCAACAUUGCGACAGAAGCAAAUGUCGAUUAUUCAUCAUCAAUUGAGCACAAUUGUAUAGAUUCAGUGGGCAGUUUGAAGAAUAUUAAUGAGCAGGAAAGAGUUCCAAAUUCUGCUCGGUCUAGUGUUUCGUUCCGAUGUACAAUUUCUAGUCCCGAGUCUGUAAUAAAAAGCGAUUCUUGGAAGACCAAUGGCUUUACUUUGGGGCAAAAGACAGGGAGAAAAGCUACAAAAUCCACUUCAGAAAGUUCAGAUCAAAUAGCCGAGGAGACGAUUUACUUUGAUGACAUAGAGGAGUUUGAGUCUAUUCUGAGCAAAGAUUUAAAUUUCCAAGAUCAGAGACUAUUCAUAUUCAAAGCACCUCUCUUUCCUUUACUGUUAAAGAUAGACAGCGAUACGAAUAUGAAUAUUUUUCCUGUGCAAAAGCCAAGAUUAGUGGCUAUAAAGGAUCAUUUGGAAAAUUCUGAUCAAGCUGAGGUAUUGGAAAGUCAAGAAUGUUGUUCCUUUACGUUCUCAUCAUCAGCAGAAAUGACUGAUCCAAGAUCAAGAAAAGAAAAUCAGCAGCCUUAUUUGAGGACAAUUACUAUGCCAACUGAAAGGCCUAAAGAUAAUCUCUCGAACAACUUUCUUCGAUCAAAUACAUUUCCAUUUCAAGAGCCUGGAAAAGGAUCACCUAUGAAUAGUCAUGUACAUCCUAAGCUCCCUGAUUAUGAUGAAUUAGCAGCUAAGUUCAUUGCUCUUAAGAAAGAGAAACUGCAAAAGAACUUACAAUGAGGCUAUCUUCACUCUACAUCAGGCUGGAGAAAAUUUGAGUGUUUUUUUGGUUUUGUUCUUUUUCUUUCUUUGUAUUUUUUUGCUAAGGGUUUCAUAUAUAAUUAAACAGAGAUAGUGAUUUUUUUUACUAAGGGUUUCAUGUAAGCAUUUGAA